UCUUCCUGGCGUCUCUCGUCUCCUCCCGAUUUCCCCAACCCCGCAGCGCUCCACGCCUCCACACCACCCCCUGCUCUUCGCGAGCGGCGGCCGGCGAUGGCGGCGAGCAACAUCGGCAUGAUGGACGGCGCCUACUUCGUCGGGCGGAACGAGAUCCUCGCGUGGAUCAAUACCACGCUGCAGCUCGGCCUCUCCAAGGUCGAGGAGGCGGCGUCGGGCGCGGUGGCCUGCCAGCUGAUGGACGCGGCGCACCCGGGGGCGGUGCCGAUGCACAAGGUCAACUUCGACGCCAAGAACGAGUACGACAUGAUCCAGAACUACAAGGUGCUGCAGGACGUGUUUAACAAGCUCAAGAUCACCAAGCACAUUGAGGUCAAUAAGCUCAUCAAAGGAAGACCACUUGACAAUUUGGAGUUCAUGCAGUGGAUGAAAAGAUACUGCGAUUCUGUCAGUGGGGGCUUCAUGAGCAGCUACAAUGCUUCUGAGAGAAGGGAAAGCAGCAAAGGAGGAAAAGAUACCAACAGAAGGACAUCGGUACCCUCUCAGGCCGCGGCCAAGUCUGCGUCCGCUGGCCACAGAGCUCAAGCUUCAUCACAUGGCUCUAAGCGGGCGAAUGGGCAGGCGACGAAUGCGCCACAACGGAGUGCUAAGCCCCCCUCCCCUGCUAACUCUGGAGGACCAGCUUAUGAUGAACAGAUCACUGAGCUGAAGCUCCUGGUUGAUAGCCUUGAGAAGGAGAGAGAUUUCUACUUCUCCAAGCUGCGGGACAUUGAGAUAUUGUGCCAGAGCCCUGAGACUGAGCACGUGCCGGUCAAUGCUAUUCACAGCAUACUCUACGCAUCGGAGGACGACAAUGCGGAUGCCGAUGCUCAGGCAAUGGUGUCGCAGCAACAGAACCACCAGCAGCCGACGCUGAGCCCCAUCCUGGAGGCAUCCGAGGAGAGGCCGAAGCAAGAGGCGGCACACAAGAGGAAGAGCAUCUCGGACCUGGGGGAGUUUGAGAUGGCAGCAUCGAGCUCGAGGCCCAGGCUCUCUGACAUCUCGGACGUGCAGCUCUGUGGAUCCCCUCUGACGAGUUUCACUUGAAGGGACUGUGGUUGCUGCAGGGUGGAACAGAGUGGGGCUGCUGUCAUUGCUGUUAUGACCUGAGCUUUACGGACAUGGAAAUUAGAGUCUAUGUUGGAUUGGUUUGUGGUUUCGUCGGUUGUAUGGUGGUGUAAUGCCGUGUGCUCUUUUGCAAGGUUGCCUGCCUUCACUAGUUAUCUGCCACAGAAUUUGUGGCUUUCUGCUACAUAUUAAUAUGAUAUGUUGAUCUGAGGUUAUGUAACAUGUCACCAGUUACGAAAUAUCGGCUU